AUGAUCGAAUCCGGCAAUAAUGCAGCUCUAUCAACCCGCCUCCUCGCUCGCAACAACCAAAUAACGCUGACAUCGGGCCUCGCCCCUAAAUAUCUACAAGCAAACCUUAUCAUCCUACCGUCCCGUUUCGCAUCAGACUUCCUACUCCUGUGUCAUCGCAACCCAGUCCCAUGUCCACUGCUCGCCUCCUCUCGCACGCCAGGGUCCGCCACGGCCCUGAAGUCUCACCUGCCUGGAAUCUCUGACGCCGCAAUCGCGUCAGCGCUUGAUAUUUGCACAGAUGUCCCGUUAUACAUGGUAUAUGACGAUGGCAAGCUGGUCAAAUCACACUGCUCAGAUAUUGCCAAGGAGUGGACGGAUGACCACGUCGCAUUCCUUAUCGGCUGUAGCUACAGUUUCGAGGCCGCCUUGACAGCAGCUGGUCUGCCUCCGAGGCAUACGGUCAUGGGCCGCAAUGUCCCCAUGUAUGCGACGAAUAUACCACUCUGCGCCGCGGGCGUGUUUACCGGCGGCACUUAUGUAGUCAGCAUGCGGCCGUACAGGAACGCGGAUGUCGAAAAGGUUCGGGAGCUGACGAGGCCGUAUGUAAGCACCCAUGGCGAGCCUGUUGCAUGGGGCUGGGAUGCGGUGGAAAGGCUGGGGAUCAAAGAUAUCAAUGCACCCGAGUUUGGUGAUAUGCCGCUGGAUCUAGACCCAGCGGAUGACGAGAUUGUACCGAUGUGA